UACAAGUCACAAGAUUAGUUUUAGUACUAAUCAAUCUCUCGUCCCGAAUCCUUAUAAUUUGUCAAGGAAAUAAGGCACUGAAUUAAUUAACAGUGUGAUAAAGUGAAGUACAAUAUAGUUUCACCGUGAAUAAUUUAUAUAAUGUUUAUUUUUAUCGUAAUUAACUUAUUGUUACAUAAAAUACAUGGUGCUCCAACUGAAUUUAUAAAUAAUGAAAAUUUACUGACAAAAGAAGUGUUUUACGGUGAAUCGGUACUAUUGAAGUGUAAAAGCAAUGUGGAUAAAUACAAUUUUGAAUUUUGGUUGUUUGACAAAAGAAAAAUUGUAAUAGGCCCAUCAAAUUUACAUGACAGGUUGAAAUAUAGAUACGAAAUUUUAACAGGAAAUCUGAUAGUAAGGGCUGUAACGAAAAAUGACGAAGGGCUUUAUAGCUGCGUAUCAAAAGAAGUUCAUGGAGGAAAUAUGAAGGUGGAGAACGUUAAAAUAGUUAUUUUGCAGAACUGGGAACAAAUUGAUGAGCAUGCUUCAAGUAUAAACGUGAUCAGGAUAUUAGUUGCCUCAAUUGUCCUGGUUUUGUUAGGGGCAGGAGCGUAUGUUUUAUACAGUAUAUGGAGAGAUCGAUAUAGAUAUCCCAGAUAUCUAGAACAAUCGGAAGAUGAAGAUGAGGAUGAAGAUAGCGCAGAAGAAAUAUUUACUGCUCCCAGUACUUCAGCGGCGUCGCAAAGCAGAAACAAACCAGAGAAAAAAACGUCUUUCGACAAUAUCAGUACCGACUUUACAAGUAUUUUGGAUGCGUCUAAUGAUAGUUAAUAUGUUUUGUUUACACAUACACCUCGGCUUGUCUCAUUGAAAAAAUGUUUUUAUUGAGCAUUACACUGUUUUUUUUUGUAAAACUAAUAGUUUUGGUGAAUUUUUACAACACUUUUUGUACUCUUUAUUUGGUUGAUUAUUUCUGCCACAUCGAAACGGAAAAUAAUUGAUAAACACUGGGAAAAUAGAUAACAAUUCUUUACGACUAUACAAUCACUUAAACGCACAGUUAUAUAACAUGUAUAUUGGAUAAUUUUUUAAAACACCCUGUAUGUAAAAAUUUUGAACCCAUAUGUAUAGAGAUGCUGUGAUAUUCCGUUGAAUGUAUCAAAUUUGGAAUUAUCGUUUUAAUAAUUUUCAAUCUAUUACAGAAAGUUUCGUUCUAUUUUCUUUGUGAGUAAAUAAAGUUCAGUUCUGAUUUGCUGCUACUAUAACUGACGUUAUCUACCUAUUUGAAAUUGUUAAAUCUAACGGAGAUUCAGGUUCAAUAUUAUUUUUAAUAAUUUUGAGAGGUGUAAAUUUAGUAGCCAAAGUGUAUAAUGUAAUUAUGUAAGUAUUACGUGGGUUGUUGUAAGUAGAUAGAUUUGAAUGAUUAUUAUUGAUUAUUCAUAAGUUAAUUGUUUUUACUACUUUUUACCUUUUUAUUUGUUUUAAACAUGUACUGAUUGUUUUGAUUUGUUAUUCGUACUUAUUGUUUUUGCAGUAACUACUCACGAAACUUAAGGUAGUCAUAUUUUGAUAAAGAAGCGUGAGAUCCAUAUUGUUUUUCAAAUAGUGAUGUCGAUAAGGGUUGCACAUGUGUUUGUAAAUCAUAGUACAUUUUCAUUUUUCUUAAAAUUACAGCGUCUUGAAAGUUAAAAUAGAAUAUUAAUAUCAAAUUAAAAUUAAAAUAUAUAUUUUGUAAAUGUAGAUCUCAGGAUGGGCCAUCCCUAUUUUAAUUUUUUAUUUCGCAAAUUUCGUUCGAAAUUUAUUCAUUCUAUAGUGCGCUUAAAAAUGAUCUCGUAAAACAAUAGUGUAAUUCCCAGGCUUUAUUAUUAAAAUAUAACCACUUUAAUUUUCACGAACUAUUGCUGAUUUUUUGUUACUGUUUGUAAUUUAUAAUGUGACUUGUCUAUCUAAUCUGAUUUAGUUUAAAAUAAAUAAAAAACAAAAAAAACAUUAUGAACUCCCUAAAUACACAUUGUAUUGUUUGA